AUGCAGUGGAAGCGGCCAAUAGGUCACGGCAAGACGACCUCGUCAGGAAGUAGUUCUUCCUCCUCUUCUCCCGGCGCGGAAGAUGAAUUCCUUUCGGACGCCACGCUGCAGCAGCUCCGCGCCGCCGACGAGCAAACGAGGACAACAAACAAUCUUUUUGGCCUGCAAGACACCGACGUCACGGACGACCCGUUCAAGCGACGGAACGAAGGCUCGUUUUCGGAACAGUUGCAACUGAUGAAUCACGCGUUGACGCAGGUUUUCGCCGACCCCAUGCUGCCGGACAGCAAAGCGAAGCGGCACGGGAAGCGUGUCCCGCAGUACCAGGUGAAGGAGAAGAAAAAUUCCGGGAACCAAUCGGUGCCGAGCGGACAGUGCGUAAAGGUGGCGGACUGGUGCAGGUACCAGUUCCUCGCGAACAUACCCGGGGUCUCGAUGCCGCUGUCGCUGAAGUACCGGCUGUUCUGCAAUUCGGUCAUUCUCACGGCCGCGCCGGUCUUGCACCAGUGGUUCUACCCCUUGCUGCUCCCCGACGUGCAUUACGUCUACGUUGACCCGUUGUUCCACUCCCUGGACGCCGCGAUGCACAGCUCCCCGAAGGCGGUAUACGCCGCGAUCGCGGACGAGGCCCGGUUCCUCGCGAAAACCAGGCUGACAACUGCCGCGGUGGACUGCUACUGGCGGAAGUUGCUGACGUUAGCGUUGAAACACUUUCCGCUGGUGGCACGGACGGGAGUGGCAGCAGCUCCUGCUUCGCGACAAGAGGCGCCGUUCGUAUUUGGUGGACACGACGACCAACAAAGGACCGCGAACCAAGUAGACGCAACAUCUUCGGAUGAAGAAGUACAAACUUCCUCAACGUGGUCAUCUGGAACAACUCCGCUGAACCCCCGGCUCCACACACCGCUCUCCAUUGCGCUCUGGGACCCGAAGAGGUCGGACGAUCAGUUCGUUCGAAAGGAGAAACUUCUCCAGCAGUUUGGGGGCCAAGCGCAGUUGCAGGGCGAGGCGGGACAGGAGCUGCUCGGGGAGAUUUUCCAGGAAACGCGGACCGUGCUCCCCUUCUUUCCGGAAGAGGAACGGUACGAGCGGGGAAACGCGAGGCACAAGCAGCUGUUGGUGCGGACCCGCGCGCCCUGGUUCACCACCGCGUUACUGCCGUGGAGCGACGCGGCGAAGCGUUUGCGGACGAAGGACGACGAAUUGGAUCGGCUGCCCGGCUGCUCCGCCACGCGCGUGGACUGCAGCAGCGGGUGGGUACGCAACGGGAACAGCGUCGCGGAGUGCCGGGCGGGAAUGAGCUACCUCGUGGGCGUCACCGUCGGCGUGCACCACCAGUCGACAAAUCAGGAGGACCGGGCAAGGGAGUGUUCCUUGAUGAACUGGUUUUACGACAGUGGCCAGCAGGCCAUCCGGGAUACCAUGUUCAACCCACACUACGGCCAAGUAGAGCAUCAUGUCGAACAAGAUUUUCUAUCCGGAGCUGCGCCUGCGCCGCCGUCGAGCACUAGUGCCGGUUCUAACGGUGUAUCAGGAGCUUCUGCUUCUAGUUCUACCGUAGCAGUUGACACUUUCGGCCAUCUUCCUGCCCUUGCUGCGCCCGAGCAGACGAUUUUCCAGUUCAAAGAGGAUGUGCUGUCAGCUCCAGGAGCACCAGCUUCAUCUUCUGCACCUGGAAGGCCUAAAAACAGACCAGCACCUCCGGCCAGCGCUGGCGCGAACACGGUCACGCUGUAUCAGAACCCUUUGGACUUCCUGCUGGACGACGAGCUGGACAUUCUGAUCAUGAUUCCCGUGUGCGCCAGGCAGCGGGAGCUGAUGCAGGUGGCGCGGAGCACGUAUUUGAGGCGGACGCUGUACUUCACGGACGUCCAGCACGUCCUGGACGUGGCGGGCCCGAAGCUCGUCCCGCGCACCGAGCAGGUUUUCCAGAACGGCACCGCGCGGGAAGUCGCGCACUUGAUGCGCGAGAACGACGCCGCACUGUACCGCCUGCAGCGCACGGAGCGGCU